AUGAAUUCAAAGAAAGAGCUAAAAAUUAAGUUUGUUGGAUCAAAAGGAGGAAGGUGGAGAAGAGGUGGGCAGCAAUCCCCUAAGGAUAAGGGGAAAGAAAUAGUUAAGGGGAAAACCGAUCUGGAAAAGGAGACUAUGGGGGAUACUGCUGACAAAGCUGAGGAGGGGAAGGCUGAUCAAGUAGCCAAGGAGGCCAUGGAAGGCGCUGAUCAAGCCAAGGAGACCUAG